UUGAGAAAGAAAGGACUUAAUGGCUGUGACAGUCCAGACCCUGAUGCAGACGAUUCAGCAUUGCACAAGAAAGAAAACAAAGGUUGUGAAAGCCCUGAUCCUGACUCCUCUUAUGCUCUCACCCCACGCACUGAAGAAAAAUACAAAAAAAUUAAUGAAGAAUUUGAUAAUAUGAUCAAGAGCCAUAAAAUACCUGCUGUUCCACCACCAAACUUUGAGAUGCCAGUUUCUAUCCCAGUGUCCAACCACAAUAGUUUGGUAUACAGUAACCCAGUCAGCUCACUGGGAAACCCCAACCUUUUACCACUGGCUCAUCCUUCUUUGCAAAGGAAUAGCAUGUCUCCUGGUGUGACACAUCGGCCUCCGAGUGCAGGUAACGCAGGUGGCCUGAUGGGUGGGGACCUCACAACUGGUGCAGGCACCAGUGCAGGAAAUGGAUAUGGCAACCCCCGCAACUCACCAGGUCUGCUGGUCUCACCUGGCAACUUGAACAAGAAUAUGCAAGCAAAAUCUCCUCCUCCAAUGAAUUUAGGAAUGAACAACCGUAAACCAGACCUCCGUGUGCUUAUUCCACCUGGCAGCAAGAGUACCAUGCCAUCAGUGAAUCAAAGGAUAAAUAACUCCCAGUCCGCUCAGUCAUUGGCUACUCCAGUGGUUUCUGUAGCAACUCCUACUCUACCAGGGCAAGGGAUGGGAGGAUACCCAUCAGCCAUCUCCACAACAUAUGGCACUGAAUAUUCUCUGAGUAGUGCAGAUAUAUCAUCUCUCUCUGGUUUUAAUACAGCCAGCGCUCUUCAUCUGGGUUCUGUGACUGGCUGGCAACAGCAACACCUACACAACAUGCCACCAGCUGCCCUCAGUCAAUUGGGAGCUUGCACUAGCACUCAUUUAUCUCAGAGUACAAAUCUCUCCCUGCCUUCUACUCAAAGCCUGAACAUCAAGUCAGAACCUGUUUCUCCUCCUAGAGACCGUACCACCACACCAUCGAGAUACCAACAGCACACGCGCCAUGAGGCGGGGAGAUCUCCUGUUGACAGUCUGAGCAGCUGUAGCAGUUCCUACGAUGGAAGUGACCGAGAAGAUCACCGGAAUGAAUUCCAUUCCCCCGUUGGACUCACCAGACCUUCGCCGGACGAAAGGGAAAGCCCCUCUGUCAAGCGCAUGAGGCUCUCUGAAGGAUGGGCAACAUGA